GAGAACAUCGUGGUGUACGAUGUGUGCGCCACCAUCGACCAGUGCCCCACGCGCAUCGAGGAGACCUCACCCAUCGUCCUGCGCUACAAGACCCCCUACUUCAAAGCUUCGGCCCGUGUGGUCAUGCCCCCCAUCCCCCGCCACGAGACCUGGGUGGUGGGCUGGAUCCAGGCGUGCAACCAGAUGGAGUUCUUCAACACCUACAGCGACCUGGGCAUGUCAAGCUGGGAACUGCCUGACUUGAGGGAAGGGAGAGUAAAAGCCAUCAGUGACUCAGAUGGGGUGAGCUACCCUUGGUACGGGAACACCACAGAAACUGUGACCCUGGUUGGCCCCACCAACAAGAUCUCCAGGUUCUCCGUCAGCAUGAAUGACAAUUUCUACCCCAGUGUGACGUGGGCAGUGCCAGUAAGUGACAGCAAUGUGCCGCUGCUCACGAGGAUCAAGAGGGACCAAAGUUUCACUACCUGGCUAGUGGCCAUGAACACCACCACGAAAGAGAAGAUCAUUCUGCAGACCAUCAAGUGGAGGAUGAGGGUGGACAUUGAGGUGGACCCCCUUCAGCUCUUGGGGCAACGGGCCCGGCUGGUGGGCAGGACUCAGCAGGAGCAGCCCCGAAUCCUGAGCCGGAUGGAGCCCAUCCCCCCAAAUGCACUAGUGAAACCCAAUGCCAACGAUGCCCAGGUCCUCAUGUGGAGGCCCAAGCGGGGGCCACCUCUGGUUGUGAUCCCUCCUAAGUAGAAACAGACUGGCCUGACUGUGUGUGGAGCACAUGCCACUGAGACAUGCAGUGAGGUUGCCAGGGGGUGGCAGGAGCCAAACUGAGUUUCUGAGCCAAAGCAGACCUCGCGGUUUGCCAGCCUUUGCAGCCGCUUGUGAAGAGUAGGGCUGCUCCUUGGGUGGUAGAACCAUUAUCCUUAGGAAAAGUCCCUCCCUUUUAGGAAUAAAGAAAUCACUGAUUUGACAGACUUGCUGUGAUUACCAUGCAAGUAGCCAUAUUUUGGAGCUGACCAGGAUGAUUCUUUUAUCUGAACUAUUGACCAUUUCUUUCCUGUGAGAUGCAGGGGAUGGAAACGAAAUUAAACAGUGCCUGUGGGAAAUGCUGCUUCCGAACCAAUUAGAAGCAGGAGUGAAAACAUCUGCAUCAGGUGUCACCUAGUAGGACAAGGCACACCCAGGAGCAGAACCACAUGGCAGAGACUAAAGAGGAAAAGAGCAGUGGCUGGGAACUCCAGAAGCUGAAGCCCUGGAUAGCUGAUUUCCCACUAACAUGGGUGCCAUCCUACUUGUUUCCUCGCCAUCCUCCCAUCCCCUCAACCCAUGACCUGUACCCGCUCCCAUCCCACCGUGUGCCAUGCAGCUCUCCCUGUGGGCUCGCUGGGCUGGCUGGGCUGGCUGUUUGGCUCCUGGGGAGCUGUGUUGAGGUGGGAGUUGUGCCUGUUGUAUCUCUUUUGUGGAAAGAGUGGGUCCCUCCAGAUCUCAAAUCCACUAAGUGAAGCUGGAAUGAAGAGCUGGUCAGCUUGGACUUCAGGUAUCUAAAAUGUUCCAGCAUUGGUUCCCAAAACCUGCCUUCCUUCCCUACACUUCCAGGUGGGAAACAAAGGGAAAACACAUCUCCCCUCUUUCUCCCUUCUUCAUGUGGGUAGCCAAUGUUAAUACUCUCUCUAGAUUUCUCUGAUCCUUGGAAAGCCAAGGCCAAAGCUGUUCUAUUUCCCCUACAUGGCCAAGCUGGGUGCCUUCAGGUGACCAAUGGCAAAGGGUCGGUCACUAGGACCAAUGGGGUGAGGGGAGAACCACCCUAAGAGGGCAAGAAUGGUGUACAUUAUUUAUUGCCUUGCUGAUUGAUUGACCGAUUUAUGAAGUAUGUAUUUAUUAUACAGCAGAAAAUUCAUUCCCAUCUUUGAAGCAUCCAGCCCCAGAAUUUGUCUUCUUGGCCCCAUAGGACACAAUGAAUUUUUCCCCUUUGAAGUCACAGAAAAUAAGGGGGGGAAGGUUCUCUCCCUGUGCCCAAACACCUCCACCUCAAACAGAUUUUCAACCAGAAAUGAGGUUAGAAACCACCAGCUAGUGAGACUAUAAAGCCACUCACAUCAGCAGAGGCUUGACUGUUCAGAUAGAAGCUCUAAGAAUCCUCCCCAUACCCUGCGACCCUCACACCAGUCCUCCCCUUCUCCUUCGUGUGCAUGGUGGGGCUUGGCCAGUCAGCUCCAGCCUGAUCAUCUGAGACCUAGACUUCUCUUUCUGUUCUGGUGCUGUCUUCUUAACUAAUGCCACAUGCACAUUAAAGACACCUGAGGAGCUUACAAAAAAAAAAAAAACAAACCCAAAACAUUCCUGGUCCCCUCCCCAGCUCAUUACAGUAGACUCUCUGGGGGUAGAGCCUGGCACUGGCGUUUUUAAAAAGUCACCAGAUGAUUCUAAUGGGAGACUAGGGUUGAGAAGCCCUUCUAGUGUCUGUCUUCCCUCCUUUGCCCCUCCUCACCAUCCACAUCCUUCAUUCUUUACUUCCCAAUCUUUCUUCAGCACCAAGAAUAGGAAAAGGCCAUUGAAGAAUGACAAGUCCUCUUUCCAUUCCUCCAGCCCUGAACCUUCCCCAUCUCUAACCCUUCCCACUGAACCUUCCCCAUCAGGCCAACCAACCUGAGCAGAUCCCCAGAGAGCUGGCAGGUUCUGCCAGUUGAAUUCGGAGGCUGGUGCCUGCACCCAGCCUGGGGGCUGCUUUUAAAUGACUUCCAUCUUUUCCACAAGCAGAAACCUACCCCUUGCCAGAUUCUCUCUACAGCUACCCCCACUCCAAGCUCCCAAACUCCAAAGCUGGAGGCACUUACAUCUCCAAAUCCCAAUCCAGAUAGGAAGGCCCAUGCUCAGUCUUCAUAACCCAAGCCUUGGCCAUUUCUGCAGAGUCACCUGAACUGAAUGAAGGUCUACUGACAACAGAGAAAGGAGUCACGUUGCCCCAAGCCAGUCCUUUCCCCGAGAUUUGGGCUGCAUCCAAAUCCCAGAUGGCUGAGAAGAGAUAGCUCACACAUCAUACUUACAAGAUCUCCGCUUCUGAGUGUGAGUAAAUGUGUGUGUGAAUAUGGUGUGUGUGUGUUUACAUAUGUACAUGUACACACUAUAAACAAUCCAUAGAGAUCCACAGAGAUGUAGCAUGUUCAUAAGGGGUCCAAGUGAAUUCUGUAUCAGAUACACACACAGAGUGUUGUAGUAUCUACACAUUGUUAUGUACCAUGUGCACACACAGCCUAAGAAGCCUGUGAUGUGAGAAGAGUUGUUUUUCUACCCCAUCUCUCCCACUGGAGAAACUUCCUGGGGCAAGCACUAUGUUGCACACACCCUCAGCUGCCCAGCCUGCCCCUCCCCCCUUUUCCCUGAUCACCAAGCCUUGUUUCCCCAUUAGUCACAUUGUCCCCACCCUACGUCCCAUUUCUCAGGGUCCUACUCUCUGAUCGGUGACAGACAGUUGAGUCAGUGGGUGCUAAAGAGUUGAGUGUUACCCCUCCCAGAUGACAUUUAUGCUUUAAUAGGGGCUACAGAUAAUGCCUUAAUCCAAAGGAGUGGCUCUCAUGGUGGGAAUUUCAGGCACAGUAGUGGGCCAGUAAGGGAGAUUAUUUUUUUUUUCAGAGGGGAACGUUUAAGAGCCCCCCCCAAAUCAUACCUGUUGCUAAAGUCGAACCUUCAGUGCAUGAGCACAAGCAAGCACACCUAACCUAUAUACAAUUUCCAUCCUUUUGAGACACCUCCCUUAUAUUGGCCCUAUCUUUACAAAUUAAAAAAAAAAAGGAACCAGCUAAAUUAAUUUAAACCUCACUGGGAAAUGUAGCCUAUUUUUCACGGGCUGCCAGCCAUCCGGCCCACCCCACCCUGUUCCAUUUCCCUUCUGCUCCCUGUUUUUCCUGCUGCCACCACACCAGUUCAUGGAUGUUCUUGUCUCCCCUCCCUGUGCUCUCCUCACCCACCUACCCACAUGUAUGUCCUUCCUUCCCUGUCGCCUGAUUGGAAUUGUGCUGUUUUUCGGUGUCGUCAGGACAAAAAGCAGGUUAAAAGCAUGAGCAUGUGUGUAUCACUUCGAAGAAAGAGAAACCAGGUAUUCUGCUACAGUUUGGAGGAAAAAAAACCCAACGAAGGAAGAGACGAAAGCUGGCUCUGCAGAGUGCCUUAAAAAUGACUUUCAUUAGGAAAUUCUGAGUCGUCAGUCUUUGGAUGUUAAUGUAAACUCAAACAGAUGUUGCAUUUCACUUCUCUGGGAUUAAAAAAAAAUGUUAAAUACAGUAUGUAUUCAACAACAA